UGCGCUCCGUGAUCCCCAUGGCAACACUUAACAGAGGCUCCAUGGCAACAGGAACCCCUGUCGUCAUAGCAACGGGAGUUCUGGACCAGAACGCCGGACGGAUCCGACUUGCAUCGCCCUGCAUUUAUUCUAAUGCACCUGCGUGCAUUCAGAGGGGGAUGCAAAGGUUCAACAGUAUCCACAUUUCUACACAACACCAAAUACUUGGGCUGUCAGACUCUAGGCUUCAGCAUCGACAGCUUGUUUACGACUGACGCGUGAACCUCAGGAUCACCAGUACCGUCUCCAGAGCGAAGUUUGGCGUGAUGGCGGGGGUGACGCUGUGCGAGCCAACGGAACUGUACAAUUUGUUGAACCAAGCCACCACAGUGUCCCGGCUGGCAGAGCCAAACUAUCUGUGUUUGUUGGAUGCUCGCACAAAGAGAGAGUACAACGAGAGCCACUUGAUGACAGCAAUACGAGUCAAAACGAAUCCCCUGGGCAAAUACUUAGUUCCUCCAUCCGUCAACCUGGAAUACAUCAGAUACUGUGUGGUGUAUGAUGGGAAAACUGACUCUGUAGAGGCUGCUUUUGACAUGGAUUAUGAUUUAUAUGAAGUGGAUAAAGACCUAAAACCGUAUGACACAGGAGCGAAUAUCUCAGGAUUGAGACAAAAGCCAUCAUCCGAAGAUAAUGCUAAGGAAGGAUCUGCAGCUCGUUGCGCCCGGGUCAUGCAGCGACUCACCCGCUUUCCGGUUCUGGUCCUGAGAGGUGGCUACCAGCGGUUCACCCGGUCCUACCAUUAUCUCCGGACUCAAAAGAUCUUCUGGAUGCCUCGAGAGCUGGAGGCCUUUAAGCCUUACCCGGUGGAGAUCCUUCCUGCAAAGCUUUACAUGGGGAACUACAAGCAAGCCUGUGACAGCCAGAUCCAGAAAGAUCUGAAAAUCAAGGCCCAUAUCAAUGUCUCCGAGGAAGCUGGCUCAUUUUUCCUCGAGGAGAGUGACAGGCUCCUCCACAUUUCCAUUCCGGACACUCCCGAGGCUGAUCUCUUUUCACACUUCAGUGAUAUUUGCCAUUUCAUCGACAGUCACAUAAACCAGGAAGCAGUUCUGGUUUUUUCUACCUUGGGCAUCAGCAGAUGCAGCACAGCUGUAAUGGCUUACCUUAUCCAUUCCUGCAGGCUUUACUUAAAGAAUGCAUGGAGUUAUGUCCAGAAGUGCAAAAUGAACAUGCGACCCAACCGGGGGUUCGUGCAGCAGCUGUCAGAGUGGGAGCAGCGGAUCUAUUUCACUGCCAUCACUGAUAUCUCCGAACCAAAAUAUUGACUGGCAGAAGCUGGCUAAGGAAGCUCUUGAAACAUGGGUGGUAGGGUGAUGGGAUAGCAUGGGGGCAGGAGGAAUCAUUUUCUUUAUCUUAGACUCUUUUUUUAUUGAUAUAUAGGUAGGGCUCUUUGUACACUUUACGUGACAUCAAAUACAUUCUUGUCCUUUUUAUCUUUUUUGUCCUGAGCUGGUUUGUGAACGCCGAGAAAAUAGUGAAGCAGGAGCUUUCUGAUCUGCGUUUAUGUCCUACAUUUAAA